AUACGAAACCAAAGUACAAUUACCCAAACACUAUCUUGCAGUCUCUCCACCUCUGCGAAUCGCAACCGCCAUGAGUUUAUUCUUCGAAGGACACGAGGAUCACGUAUCAAUCAUUAAACAUCGUGAUGGUUUGGAAUGCGAUGCUUGUGAUAGAUCGUUUGGUGAUGUCUUCUCAUGUGGUGAAUGCAAGUUUAUUGUUCACAAGAAAUGUGUAUUUAUGUUCGACAUACAAGAGAUAUUUGACCAUCCUUCUCAUGAUGGACAUUGUCUUAAGCUUCUCACAACAGGAGCUCCUGAUUACACCGACCAAAAAUGCCAUCUCUGCGGUAAAAAGACCAAGCGUCUUCUUUAUCAUUGCUCUGAUUGUAAACUCAAUUUGGAUAUUGAUUGCAUAAUUGAUCACAUAUGUGCUCGAUCCCCUCUGAAAAUGCCGUGGCACCACCACCCUCUAAUCAAGGUUGAACACGGGAAUAAUAUGCUUUGCGACUUUUGUAAUGAAUCGGGCAUAGACUAUUGCUGCCCUCGUUGCAGGUUCAUGAUUCAUGAGAGAUGUGUUUUCGUAUUCGACUCACCAGAGAUUACUCAUCCUUCUCAUGUCAGACAUCCUCUUAAGCUUCUCAGCAAUGGAGCUCCAGAUUACACAAACUUAAAAUGUCAUAUAUGUGGAGAUGCCACUGGGAACUUACUAUAUCAUUGUGAUAUUUGUAAGUUCAACUUGGAUAUGCGUUGUGCGGUUAGGAAACCCACACCAGUUGCUCUUUCAGAUGUGAAGGUCCAUGAGCAUACACUCACACUCAUGCCAAGAUUGAUCUCCUUCGUUUGUGAUGCUUGUGGGAUGAAAGGCGACCGUGCUCCUUAUUUUGGGAUAUCAAGUUCGCCAAAACAGGAGAACAAAUCAAUGACGGUGUUGAACUGCUGCCAAACAAUACAUCUUCACGGCCACUUUGCGUAAAUUGUCAAUGUCGUUGCCUAGGUCCCUUCUUUCUUAAGAAUUAUAACAACAUAUGCUAUUGUUCUUAUUACUGCUAUGCACGGCUUCAUUCUAUGAGGUACUUUUGGAGUAAACUCAGAUGCCCUCC